CCACCACUCCCCCCGCACUGAUGGCCGCGUUGUCGGCCUCGCUGCGGUCCCUGACCGCCGUCACCUCGCGGCCGCUGCUGCUGCUGCUGCGACCUCCCCUCCUCCUCCAUCACCACCACCACAUCCUUCACCGUCCUCAGCAACAACAACAACAGCAGCAGCAGCAGCAGCACCAACAACAACAACAGCGUGGGCACAAGCGAUGGCUACGCGCCUACCUCGCACUCCAAGCACGCAUGGAGCGCAAGGCCGGGAAGCCGCCGCCCCUGCUACGACGGGAGCGCGACAACUUUGACCUGAGUGCUGAGCUCACGGCGCUCGCCUCCCGCCUGGGCGAGGAGCUCCUGAGCACCGAGCGUCUCGCCGUGGCCCUCCGGAGUUCCUGCGGCCCCGGAGGUCACGGAGGUCACGGAGGUCACGGAGGCGGUGAGAACCACGGCGAUUUGGCCGCCGAUGGGGCCCGGUUGACCGGGGAAGUCCUGGACUCGGAGCUGGCCGGGGCCUUCCCGCAGAUGCCCGAUGGAGGGCGCGUCGCUUUGAAGAGGUUUCUGAUGAGCGAUGAGACUCUGGGUGGGGUGGCGAGGGCUCUGGGUCUGACUCACCUGGUGCUGGCCGCCCGCGACCCCCCCCCUGACUCGGCGCUGGCUCGCUCGCUCCUCGCCAUCGUGAGCCUCGUGAGAGCCAGCGGUGGUGAGGAGCGAGCCUCCGCCUUCCUGCAGAGCUUCGUGCUGCCCCAGCUGGGCGGGGGUCGCGACCUCUUCACCCUGUGGUCCGUGCGUGACCCCAUGAGGCUCCUGCGGGAGGAGAUGGAGCGUCGGGGACGUGCCCCUCCGGAGCCGCGGAUCACGCGGAGCACCGGAGCAGCCAGCGCCCUGCCCUGUCACGUGGUGGCUGUGUACAGUGAUGGCCGCGUUCUCUCCGAGGCUCCGGGCGAGACGCCGCUCGUAGCCGAGGAGGAGGCUGCACGCUCGGCCCUCAGGCGUCUCUACGGAUUCCCGGCGGCUCGCUCGCCGCCGCAGCCCGUAGCGUCUGAGACUCGCUCUCCGCCGCAGCCCGUAGCGUCUGGGCUCCGCGGCUGA